AUGUUCAUAUCUAUCUAUCUAUCUGUCUAUUCUUUCUUUCUUUUUUUUCUUUCUUUCUUCCUUCUUCUUCUUCUUCUUCUUCUUCUAAACUUACUUUAUAUAUUCUGUUUGACACUGUUAAUAGGGCACAGGACAUUUAUUUUUCAUUUUCUUAUUUUUUCAAAAUUUUCCUCUCUUUUCCUCUUUUUUUUUAUCACCAACCUAACACCCACUACUAUCCCCCCUCUUCAAACUGUUUUACUUGCUUUUUAUUCUCUUUCCUACACUUGUAAUCGCUCAUAUAUUCUACCGUCUACCAAUGCUACAAUAACAACAAAAACAAAUACGUCUAUUCCACCUCGCCUAUUUUUCUUCAUCUCUUCCUUUCUUUUAUUUACUUCCCAGCCAAUCAGUCCCCACCAAACCAGCAGCUUGGAAUUGCCUUCUUUCACCAACCAAGUCUUUCUUUCUCAUUCUCUCUCUCUCUCUCUAUCUAUCUAUCUAUCUAUCUAUCUCUCUCUCUCUAUCUAUCUAUCUAUCUAUCUAUCUAUCUAUCUCUCUCUCUCUCUCUAUCUAUCUAUCUAUCUAUAUAUAUAUAUAUAUAUAUAUAUAUAUAUAUAUAUAUAUAUAUAUAUAUUAUUUCAAUUAUAA